AUGAGGUGGUCCUCUUCCCCGCUUCGGGAUUGCGCGUCCCCCCACGAUGUCAGUGUUUCACGGUCGCGGGUCUUUAUUUACCUCGGUCUAGCUGUGACUUUACUGCUUCUGUCAUAUCAACUCAUUCUUGACCGAGGACCGGAUAUAGGCACAAGAUGGACGGCCAUUCAGGGUAUCGUUGUGGCCGGCGAUGAUGAUCGCUUCGUUCCCGAUUCUGUACAGCCAGCGGAGAAGGAGUUGGUUCUCGCCGCUAUGCAGGCUAGCAAUAUGUCCUGGGUGGAGGAGAAUCUGUCGGACUGGCAGGUGUCUAUCUAUCGUGCUGAUGCGAAACAUGAAGACGUUGGCUUGACCGUUCCCGUAAAUAAGGGAAAUGAGGCUAUGGUAUAUCUGACUUAUAUUAUUGAUCGUUAUUGGUCCCUUCCUGAAGUAUCGGUCUUCCUGCACGGCGGCCGCUACCAAUGGCAUGUCGAUAACCCGCUCUACGACUCAGUCAUCUCCAUCUCCCAUCUCAACCUCGACUUCGUCCAGGAGGCCGGUUAUGUGAAUCUGCGCUGCGCUUGGAGCGUCGGCUGCCCCACCGAACUGGAGCCCGCUCGCUAUCUCCGCGAAAGACCAGACGAUAAAGGACAUCCCACCGCGGUUGAGUAUCCCGAUCGGUUUAUGGAGUUGUUUCCGCGCGCGGAGGUCCCGGAGGUUGUCGGGACGCCGUGUUGUAGCCAGUUUGCUUUGUCCAAAACGAAGAUUCAUGAGCAGAGUCUUGAGCAUUAUGUUCGUUUGCAGCGGUGGUUGAUGGACACGGAUUUAGAAGCGGGCAUCAGUGGGCGUAUUCUGGAGUAUUCAUGGCAUAUGAUCUUCGGAAAACCGGCUCAGUAUUGUCUCGACCAACGUGAAUGUUAUUGCCAGACAUACGGAUAUUGUAAUAUGACGGAUAGCGACAUUCAGAACCAGUGGGUAUGGCGCGGGUUACAGCUGCCAAAAGGAUGGCCAGAACAGAGCGAAUCUGCGGAAUAG